GUGAGAUAGCUGUCUCACUCAACGCCUUUCCAGCUGGAAGAAGUUUUAGUUCGGGUGCGUUCGUGAAAUUACGUCAAAACUAUAUUGAGUGAUCCCAUAAAGUUCUGGAUUUUCCUCACAUAUUUUCAUUCUUUUCUUAUGGCAUUGAAUUCGAAUAAAUAUUGAACAGUUCAAUAUAAUAAGUGUGUAUGCGAUUUGGAUUCCAUUUAGACGGUGUUAAAAACUCGAAAUAAUGGCGAAAAAAACUUACGAUUUGCUAUUUAAACUCCUCCUAAUUGGUGAUUCGGGUGUUGGGAAAACAUGUAUAUUGUUCCGCUUUUCCGACGACGCCUUCACAUCAACCUUUAUAUCCACAAUUGGUAUUGAUUUCAAGAUAAAGACAGUGGAACUUCGAGGGAAGAAGAUUAAAUUGCAGAUUUGGGAUACAGCUGGCCAGGAGAGAUUUCAUACAAUCACAACAUCCUACUACAGAGGAGCAAUGGGCAUAAUGUUGGUGUACGACAUAACAAAUGAGAAAAGUUUCGAGAACAUCGUCAAGUGGUUACGAAAUAUAGAUGAGCACGCAAAUGAAGAUGUGGAAAAAAUGAUUCUGGGGAACAAGUGUGACAUGGAUGAUAAGAGAGUCGUAAGCAGGGACCGAGGACACGCUAUUGCUGUUGAGCAUGGGAUCAGAUUUAUGGAAACAUCCGCCAAAGCGAAUAUCAACAUUGAGAGGGCUUUCUGUGAGUUAGCCGAAGCAAUUCUCGAUAAGACGUCAGGAAAGGAUUCAGCUGACAAUCCAGAAGCGCGUGUUAUAGUUUAUCGCAAAGACCAAGAUAAGGCUCAAAGCAGCAAAGGCUGUUGUGCAUAGUAGUUUUUUUUAUUUCCCCGUUCACACAUUUUGUAUCUUCUCAAAAUUCACAAAAUAGUGGUAUUAUUAUUAUUUUUAUAUUCUCUGUGUAUAAACAAAAAAAAAGAAAUUCAUUUAUUAAAAAAAAAAAUCAUUGAAAGUAUAGUUUAGAAGAAGAGAAAAUAUGGAGAUGAGAUUUUAUUUAUCUGUUGCAAAUUUCAAGAAAAAUAACGCAAUGUUAGCUAAAGUAGGGUAUCUAAUAUUGUUUUCUUUUGCGUUGUAAUAUUCUCCCCAUAUUAAAAGGGGGUCUUGCAAUGAUUCCUACUUAACUAUUAUUAUUACAACAUCCUUAUAUUAAAUCUACUUACUUUUCCCCCCAAAUUUUUGUAACAAAAAAUAAUAUUUUACAUGUCAUUUGAAAAUGAGCAAAUAAGAUGGUCAAACCAGAAAUAAUAAAAAUUUUUAAACGUUGAUGAGACCAACGUGUUGUGGUAUCUGAAACAAGAAUAUCUCCUGAUUUCUCUGGUGAGCACUAAAUAAUUCUUAAUUCAUCAACAUUUUUGUAGCACACCUGUGCAGAUUGCUAGAGCUUUAGACACUCUACUGUUUAUCUUUCUCAACAGUUGAUUUAGUUUGAGGCUUAAGCUAUAGUUGUGCUUUGAAAAGCUUUCAUUUAAUACUCCUAAAAUCCGUCUCUGACCUUCUUCUUUUAUUCCCUUUAAAAAUAUUUAAAGAAAAUCGAUUUUCUUAAGUCUUUUUUAUUCUUAAGGACAAUAAACCUUACAAGAUCGCCACUCGUCAAUAAAAGAUUUUUCAUUAAAGCAAAUAUCUUAAUUUUCCUCCAUUUCUUUGCUUUCUACUUCAAUCAUGUUUUUUUGUGGUUGAUUUGGAGUGUUUUGAUCAUUAAUUUUUAUCCCUUAAAUCUUUCGAAACCAGAGUAUCUCUUUAUUUGAAAUAAUUCAGUGAAAUUGAGCUUUGUUGAUUACGUCAAUGAUCAUUAAAAAAAAAAGAUUUAUUUCACAAACUUUCUACACAAACUAACAUCCUCUCCUCUUCUUGUUAAUGCAAUUUAGCAUUUAUUUUAAAAGCAUAAACUGUUGAGAAAUAAUCACAAAAAAGCCUACAAUUUCCCAUUAAAAAAAUCGUUCACCUCUGUUAAAUCUGGAGAUUUUCUUGGUUACAGAUAAGAAAAUUUUCAUAAGAAGGAAUAUAAUUAAUAGAAUAUAAAUACAUAUUUGUAAUGUUGUUAGAUGUAAUAUUUCGAUGAGGUAUAAAUACGUACUUUCUGCAAAAAAAAUAUAAUCUCCCAAAAAAAAGAAAAGGAAAAGUAUGUGGAAAAAUGCUUAAAUUUUGUAACACUUUUAUUACAAUUUUACUCUAAAAACAAAGAAGAAGAAAAAGAAACAAAUCAAGAGAAGGGAAUCAUUUAAAACGAAAAUGUCGAAGUUUUUUUUACAGUAUAUACAUAAAACAUAAUAUGUAUCAACCACAUAACAUUUUUUAUUAUUCUGUGCCAUGUUGCUUUUUAAUAUGAGAGAAAAAUCGCAUAGAAUAAGGAUGUUCCUUUCAAAGAAAUCGCUAUAAUUUAUGAAAAUUAUACAAUUUUGAUAAUAAAAAAUGCUAUUAAAAAAGAGGAA